AAUAAAGAGAGAACUCCAAACGUGUUUAAAUUUCGUUCGUUCGUUUCGUCUAAACUCGUCCUUAAAAAUGUCUACCAACGAGGUGUAUCGUUACUACUACAAAACCUCUGAGGAUUUACAAACCUUCAAGGGUACUCCCAGUGAGCCCUAUUUUAAUCCCAUGGCUGCCUACAAUCCCACUCCCAUGCAGCAGACUCAUCUGCCCCAGCACUUUAACAAUGUUUUGGUUGCCAACGCGGGCAAUUAUAUGGGAGCCCCAGGAUAUUUGGCCUUUGAACAAGCCUCCUCGGAUGGUUGGCUGACCUCAUCACCUGCCUCACAUCGUUCGGAAAGUCCUGAGUUUGUGGAUCUCAGUGUUAUCUAUGGCCAAGGCAGUUUGGUGCAACAUCAUCAGCAGCAGCAACAUCAAGCAGCCAUAUCAUAUCCCCUGGUGAAUGCCGAACAGAUUUUACCCAUGCAGCAGCAGCCACAACAACAAUUAUCACCUAUGGCUGAGGAAUCUACUGUUACAGCAAACGCCUCGAGUACCCCGCUGAUGGGCUCCUCCAAUGUGGGAACCUGCAAAACCGCCAAAGCUCCCAGUAAACCCAAAAGAACUUACAAUCGGAAACCCAAAAUUCAAAACUCCAAUGUAACAGCAGUGCCCGCACCCAUCAUGGUAAACGACUCAGCACCCGCCACUGCAGCAUACCCCGAUGAUUUCCAACAAUUUGUGGAUUUUGAACAUGGAGGCCUAUUUGAGGAUAGUGUGGAUGAUGAUGAUAAUAUCAUGUUCUUUGGCAAUGAUGGUAACAGUUCCUCCCAAGAAGAUUUCGAUGCCAGUGGCAACUUUGACUUCAACGACCAUGAAUGUGAAGACGACUCCGCGAGUUCGGGACCCCAUGAAACUGACACACCAGUUGAGGGCCAAGUUGGAGGUAAAAGACGUCGCGGCAAACAAAUUUCCCCUGUGGUAAAGCGUAAACGUCGUUUGGCCGCCAAUGCCCGUGAACGUCGCCGCAUGCAGAAUCUCAACCAAGCAUUUGAUCGUUUACGUCAAUAUUUACCCUGCCUGGGCAAUGAUCGCCAAUUGUCCAAACAUGAGACUCUACAAAUGGCCCAGACUUAUAUCGCCGCUCUGGGUGAUCUGCUGCGUUAAGUGAUUUGCCAAACUUCAACAGAGUGGAUUCCCCUUGCCUUUUGUGAAAAACCGAGUUGAGCUCGUGCCAAAGUUUGUACCUUUUAAUGAAAAAAAAACCAAUCGCCUGCCUCAU